UCGCGUACCUUAUUUAGGAGUUAGUUUACUACCGCGCCACAUGGUUGAUAGGCAUCAUUUGUUUAUGUUGCCUCGGUGUAAUUCCAUGUGUUCUGUUAAUCCCUUUGUCGCUUUGUUUCUCUACGCGUGCGCUGUUAACACGGACACAAUAGACCUUUCUAUGUAAUGGAAUUUACGUGGGUUAGUCUUACUUUGAACGGUUUUCACCGUCUCUGCCAUCUCUAUUGUCAGCGCAAUCGUUCUUCAGGCUAUCAACGUAAAUUACUAUCGCCAACCGUAUCGCAAUUUAAUGAUAGCAUAGCAACUGAAACGUUUAAUAUACUUGACAAGCAAAUCAUAAUUAUUUCCAGUUUAUAUUUGCAAACAACACGAUUAAUCAUGGAUAAAAUCACGAUAAUUCUAAGCGUAACUAAGUAGACGGUCAUUUUACUGUAAAUAUGCCUCCGGUCGCUUAACGGGAAAAAUCUCAUCUCGCUCGAGAGAAAGGAAAAUAAAACUGGUAAUUUUUCAUUCGAAAAAAAGUGUUUGAACAUUUAUCAUAGAAAUCUUUCAUGUAUACACUGUAUGCGUUAUGUAAAAUAUUUAAAAAUUUCAUUAGCCUUAUAAUGAAACACGACAAUAACCGCGGUUAGAUACGUUGAUAAAUUCCUUAUAAGAUAUUACUUAUACGAUGCUUAUAGGAAGCAUAGAUUUCGCAGAGGUCAUUACAGUAUUUCAACAGUCAAUUAUUUGUUAUAUUGACCACAAUAUUUAAUAAGGUUUUCAGUAUAAAUUAUACACGUAUGUUGAAGAUCGCUAAAAAGUUAUCAAAUAUUUUUCGUUCGUUCAUUGCGUUUGCCGAUCGUUGCUUCAACCAACUUUUAAAUUCAGAUAAGAAAUGAAACCUAGGUAGAUAAUUGUUUCACUAAAUAAUACAAUGAAUACUAAAUUCUGGAUUUAUUUAUAUGCUUUUGCAUAUCAUAUACAUUCUGUGCGCUUUUUCAUCCUCAAAUUCAUCAUAAAUGCGUAAAAAUUCACGGUCUAUCGUAUAUUGUACAAAGUCAGAAUGCGUUUUAAUACCUAGAGAGAGCUAGGACAAGAUUAUAAUGUAUAUAAAAAUUAAGUGUUUGAAUACUUUUGCGAGCUACAGUAUUUCAUGCGUAAAACGUCAGCUCCAAAAUGACCACGUAAUAACCAUGUAUUCAUCUCGGAGCGGUAAGACUGACAGAUGCAGAAUGUAGAGUCGUUAAGCCGCGCGUAAUUCGAAACUCGAGGCCGUGUGCGUAGCGUAGCGGUAAGCUAGCCGGCACGGCCAGUCAGUCGCGCUCCAGCCGUCGUAGUGGAAGGUGAUUGUUGCGCUUCUCUUUUCUAACCUUCGUGCGAGUUCACUUCGUUUCGCAUCUUCUCAUCAAAACAAAUGGAUUGUCUCUCCUCGUACCGCGCGACAUUUUGUGUCAACGAAUCAGUGUUACCUGGCGUGUCCGCGCGAUAAAUCAAGUGUUCUUUCGUAUUUCAACGCAUUGUGCGAACAAGUUGUCGCGUUACGCAACUUCGUUUGAUCAUAGCACGCGGGAAGCUGUACAAACUUGCAGUGUAUCUUCGCUUCGUGUUUAUUUUUUGCUGGCACGCGGUCGUCUCGAGGACGCGCUCGGAUACGUAACCGAGUCGUAACGAGAGGAAAUUUUCGAAAAUUCUAAAGUGGACAUGCGUAUCGAAGAUUGGCCUGAAGCUGCACAUCGAUGACGCAGGUGACCACACUAAUAUAACAAUAUGGACUAUAUGGGAUAUAAUUCAAACAUAUUUCAAAAGCUAGGAGUUAGUGACGAGGUGACGACGACGACCACGGGCACGACGGAGACACACGAAGAAGAAACGAAUCAACCAAUCAUGGCUAAAAGCGCCGAGAGACUUCCUGGUACGUCCACCAGGCUGAGGACCCGAGACGACGGCUGCUGUUCGGUGAAUUUCCUGAAAUACGUUCUACACAUCUACAACGUGGUGUUAUUCUUAUCUGGAUUGGUGGUGGGCGGAAUCGGUAUCUGGACGGUGAUUUCGAAGCACAACUACGUGUCCCUGAUGACGACCUCGACGUACCCGGCGCUAGCUUACGCUUUGAUUGUCGCAGGUUUCCUGGCUGUGGUCGGUAGCUGGCUCGGAUGCGGCGGUGUAACCUCUGAAAAUAGAUGCGUUCUUCUUAUAUACGUGUUCGUGGUGAUGCUGGUGUUCGUGCUGGAAGCGGGAGUCGGUGCUCUAGCGCGGCUCUACGAGGAACAAGUUGGCCCUGAAUUGAAGAUGAACCUUAAUCGUACGUUCCUCGAGAACUACUCUAUGAGGAGCAGGGAAACUUCGGCGAUCGACCAAAUGCAGAUAGAGUUCAAAUGCUGCGGAGCCGUGAGAUUCGAGGAUUGGCUGGUGAGCGAAUGGCACAAAGGCGAGGAUGUUCUCAAGGACGGAAGCCUCGUCCCAGAUAGCUGUUGCAAGACACCGACCCACCUUUGUGGAAGGAGGGAUCAUCCGUCGAACAUCCAUUACACGGGUUGCAUCUACAAAUUUCUGGAGACGACGAAGGACCACCUGAUCAUCUUAGGAGCAGUAGGCCUAGGACUAUCGGUCCUAGAGCUGUUCGGUAUCGUUCUUGGCUCGUGCCUGUAUAUAAAGCUCAGACACGAUUUCGACGACUGAGAAUUGCUGCAAAUCCGUGAGAGCAACAACAACGGCCGUUCCUGGUGCAGAUACAUGCAGAACGGUGAUGGAACCGUUUGAUCAUCGUACCGGAAAAGAAAGAAGAGGAGCGGUCGUUGAAAAGAGGAGAUCCUUCUUCCGACGUUCGCCAUUCAGGAUUUCCUCCGUUUCUGGCGCUGAAAUCCUCCCAGCUUCUCGAAGAGACGGACUCUUGGAAUUUCUGUCCUAUUCUAUCCCUCUCCCAAGGGAAGAUUACGUACAAAGAGACUCGAAAGGGAAAGAAACGAGGAAAAAUGGAGUAAACGGUGCGUGGCGUUUGGGUCACCGUGACGAUCUCCCUCGCCACGGAAAUCUUCAAAGACGAAACUCUUUCUCUUUCUUUUUUACGUCCCGUGCAACGCGGAAUUCAAUGAAAAGAAGAGGAAUAAAAAGAGGAGCAACACUGAGUUACCGAUAUUCGAUAACGAAACGGUCGCGAAAUCCUCGCUUCCAUUCGUUGACCGAUUCACCUCCACGAGGAAUUCUAUUUCGAUCGAAUUAAUCGGCCGGCAGGAAGCGGAUGAAAAGAAAAACUCUGUCUUUAAAGUUCACCGACUUCCUCCUAGCCUAAAUGAAUCUCAAUUAAUUCUCGACUACUGGCCGGGGUCAUACCACGUGCAUUUUCCAUAUAAAAGAACCAUGACAAUUUUAGAAAAAAAUGUUUUAACGAAUGCCUAUUUCAAAGCGUGUUUGUUCUUCGUCGUGAGCAACUCGUGUGCUCGAAUCCGAAGCUUUUUGUACGCCGUUUCUCUUUCUCGAGGAAGAACGGGGAGGCGUUCUUCUUUUUGUAACGGGACAGCAUCGAUCACGAUGCCCCGUUCACUCGCGACAAGUGAUCUCUGGCUACGUCGAACGUACUUGGUUUCACUGUCGGCGAACGUUCUUCCGCUCGUACAAAUCACGCUGUCUCUUCGAAUACUGCCGUAACGAAUCCGCACAAAUGUUUCUAAAGGUAUAUACACAAGUUACACGUACGAGAAGGGAGUUUAGCGUUCUUUAGCUAGUAAAAAGUCACAACGACGUGUUCCAGUGGUUGCGAUCGAAACACGGCGCUGUUCCUCGGGGCCAAAGCAAGUCCCCAUUUGUCGAUUAACCGGACCAUUCGAUCGUCCUGCUUUUUCACCAAAAAUAAAAACAGAAAAAAGGGGUACCGAGAAACGAGAGAACCGAUUGUUCGAGCGAUCGCGAAACGAUCGUUCUCCUCCUAUUCUAUGAAAGUCGACUGCGUUCCUCGAGUUUUCUUAUAACGUAAAAACGAUUUUGUCCCUUAAUUUAUUCGACAAAGGACCUUAAAGAUCGUUUACCUCAGCGGAAAGAUGGAGGACGUGUAAGUAACGACCAUUUCGAACGAGGGAACGACGUGAAAUUCAGCGAAUCCAUAAGCUCGGACAGAACUGUAAACAGUGCCUUGACGAGUUAGCGUUUAAGUUCAGAGAUAUUUUAAAUUAUCGCCGAUGUAAAUUCGUGCAGAGAAAACCGCUAGCGAUUUGUAAAUGUACGUAUAGUAUUUAUUCAUAUAUGAUGCGUAUAUAUAUAUAUGUAUUAUAUUGCAAUAUAAUAUAAUAUAUAUAUGUAUAUAUAUAUCUAUCUAUCUGUCGCUUCGCAAAUCAAUACGAGCCUUCGCACAUUAUUUAUAGCAAAGUUUGUCGUGCAACGAGAGCACGCGUUGUAUCGACGAUUGUAUGUGAGAAUAUUCUCUUUCUCUCUCUCUCUCUCUCUUUCUAACCAAAUUGCAACGCACUUUGCGUGCAUAAUUUAUCUUUCUUUAAUAAUUCUUCCUAUUUCCUCGUUAUUUUAUUUAUUUAAAAACUUGUAAAAUUUAUUUGCGCAAUCGUUGAUUCAACUUAAUGCCGCGCUCAAGACAAAAUCUAAGAACAUAUUUUACUAUUACAACACGAUCGCGCCAUAUGUUAUUUUAUUCUCAAUGUUAUUGUCUUCAUUGGUAUUACAUGUACGUGUACUGUCUGUUAGAAUUUAGAACUUUAUAAAUAUUGUACAUAUCAGACCCUAUUCUGUUACGAAUAAACAUUGAAAUCGCA